UACCUACCUAUAGGCAGAGUAGGCCCAUGCCUAUAGGCGCAAGCCGCUAGGGGCGCAAAAAUCAUAAAUAAAUGCCCUUCCUGCAAUCCUAAAAGAUCAUCGCCACUCGCCAGCCAAGCGCAUACUUGCACGUGUUUGUAUUGAAAUUCAAGCUCAAGUUUAGCAAAACUUGCAGCACCGAUCUACGCGACAGACACGCUGGUGCUGGUGACGUUUAUUCAUAUAAUGUGCGACUGUGCGAGUAAACGUCGCAGUCACGGUGCAUCCUGAUUCUUCAAUUUUCACUAUUCAGCAGUCUAUUGACGCGAAAGAGCUCACUGACCUUAAUUUAGUGUGAUUCUUGUUUUAAUAAAUAGAGAGCAACAAGGCCAGCAGCCAGCAGGCAUAGAGAAGGAUGUUACCCAAAAAAAAGCUUUCGGGGGCAGAAUUUAAAAAGAUUAGAGCGAAAAAGUUAAAUGUCAAUCAGAAAAGUGCUUCACUUAUGCAAACAUUUAUUAAAUUGGGAUCAAGACAAAAAGGUGUUGAAGAGGAGAUGUGUAGAAGUGGAGAUCAAGAUCGUUCUCUUUCAUCAAGUACUAUCAUCGGCAGUGAACGAGAUAACGAAUGUGAAAAUAAUACCAGCGCAACUUUAAGUGAACAAAUUCAAGAAAUUGAGGCGGGAGAAAAUAAUGGAAUGGAAACUGAAUCGACAUCGACACACAAUAGCAAAGAAGACACGGACACUCAGGUAACCUCCGACUUGAAAUCAAUGGAAAAGGAAGGUGGAAUAAGUAGUAUUAAUAGUAGUAGUGAAUUAGAAUUAGAAAUAAUAAAUUACAACAAUCCGGUAAAUUGGAAGGGAGAUAAAGUGUUUUUAGAACAGUUGAUAAAAAAUGGGCCUGUAUAUGGAGAUAACCUAGAUUGUUAUCCUGUAACAAAUACUAGGCAAUUUUCAAAAAAAUACUUUUCCAAAAUUCUGCCAAAUGGUAAUAGUAUUCAACGUAAAUGGUUGUUUUAUUGCAUAGAAAGGGAUGUAAUUUAUUGUUUUCCAUGCCUGUUAUUUGGAGGGGCAAGUAGCCAGUUUUCUACAAAGAAAACUGGAUUUAGAGAUUGGCAUAAUAUUGGUCCAAGGGUAAAAAGUCACGAAAAUUCUACGGCCCAUAAAAAAUGUGUUAUUGAUUUAAUAACAUUUGAAAUUAAUUUAAAGAAAAGACAUUUUUUAACAGAUGAAAUUCAAAAAAUGAUUUUGUCUGAAACUGAAAGAUGGAAACAUAUUCUAAAAUGUAUCUUAGAUGCAAUUUUAUUCUGUGUCAAAAACAACGAAGCUUUGCGUGGAUCUGUAGAAAAAAUUGGGCAUCCAAAUUCUGGUAAAUUUUUGCAAACAUUAGAGUUAAUAAGUCAUUACGACCCUAUACUUAAGCAGCACAUAGACUCCGAAAAUCACAAAAAAUACUUUUCGCCAAAGAUCCAAAACGAACUAAUUGCAAUAGCUGGUAAUGCCGUUAGAAAUGAAAUUGUCUCAAGAAUAAAACAGGCAAAAUAUUUUAGUGUUAUUUUGGAUACAACCCCUGAUGUAUCGAAAUCGGAACAAUUGUCAUUAGUAGUAAGGUAUGUAGAGAAAAAUGGGAAAACAUGUUCAAUUGAGGAGCGAUUUCUGAUGUUUAUUGAGGUAAAAGAAAAAACCGGUUAUGCAUUGGCCAAUAUCCUUCAAAAAGUGUUACAAGAACUAGGACUAGAUAUUCAAAAUAUUAGGGGACAGGCUUAUGACAAUGGUUCUAAUAUGGCAGGUCAAUAUCAAGGCGUGCAAGCUAGGAUACUGCAAGAAAAUCCUACUGCAAGAUUUGUCCCAUGCUCGGCGCAUAGUUUAAAUUUAGUGGCAUUACACAGUGCUUCAAUUAGCCCUGAAAUAAUAACUUUUUUUGGGAUUAUUCAAAAUUUGUUUAAUUUUUUUGCGCAUUCCACUGUGCGAUGGACUAAACUAAAAAAUGCAUUAAAUAUUACCCUAAAAGGAUUUAGUGAUACAAGGUGGUCUUCCAAAGCAUUAGCGUUGAAUGCACUUAUCACUCAAUUUGAAUUGGUUUUGGAUCUCUUAGAAGAAAUGACUGAUGUUUCAAUAUAUUCUGGUGAAACAGUAAUUGGGGCAAAAAAUUUUCAAAAAAAUCUUAAAAAUUUCGACUUUGUAAUUCUUUUAGUUUUUUGGUCAUCUCUAUUAAAUAAAAUUAAUAAAAUAAAUCUCUUACUGCAGAAAAAGGACUUAACAUUAGAUACCGCUUGCAAACACAUUAAAGGGUUAUUAGAAGAAAUCAAGGAAAACAGAGAUGGUUAUUUUGAAAAAUCUGAAAGAGAUGCUUUGCAGAUUUGUCAAAAUUGCACUCUUUCAACGGAAUAUAAGGAAGUUCGAAAAAGAAAAAUUAAAAAGAUGAGCGGUGAGCUUGCUGACGAUUUUUAUUUAGACCCAAAAACGAAACAAAAACAGCUAUUUUUUCAAGUCAUCGAUUCAAUAAUAACGCAGUUAAGUAACAGAUAUAAAGGUUUACAUGAGAUUUGCAGUGAUUUUAGUUUUCUUAAUGGGUCAGUUCUGUCCAAAAUGAGUCUUUCUGAUACUGAAAAGUGCAUCAAUGCUUUGUGCGAUAAAUAUCCCAACGACUUCAAUUGUACUGAAUUUAUUCAAGAAGCAGAAAGUUUUAAGUUUCAAACGCAAGAACUUUUUGAUAUCCAGGGACAAUCUGCAUUGGAAAUUUAUCAAAACCUACAUAAAUAUGAUCUAAUGGCAGAGUAUCCCAAUUUUGCUACAGCAUUACACAUUUUUCUAACAAUACCGGUCACUAGUGCUUCUUGUGAAAGAACUUUUUCAAAAUUGAAACUUUUAAAAAACUAUUUACGAUCGACCAUGUCCCAACAAAGAUUAUCUAAUACUGCCAUAUUAUCCAUAGAAAGGAUCAUUGCAGAAUCAAUUUCUUUUGAUAAAUAUAUAUCAGAUUUCGCAUCACAAAAAGCCAGACAAUGUUGUUUGUAAAAUUAUCUUUCUACUCAAAUAUUUAAGUAGAGCGUAGAAUUUCUAUUCGUAAGUAAGUACCUAUUUGAUUUUAUAACUACACAUUACCAUUUUUUUGUUAUUAAAAAUAAACUUGUUCUUAAAAAAAAUAU